UGGUUACAGGUAACAUAUUUACCUGUGGAUAAUGAUAGUUGCUUUUGCAGUUGUCUGUUGCGCACAUCAGGGAAAUAUUAUAUUUUUUUAAUUGAUUGAAUCGACCACACCUAAAGAAAGAUACAAAAUAUAAAGAAUUCUUAUGUUUAGAUUCAGUGACGUUGUUGCUAAAAAUAUAGGCGUUAAUUUAAGCCAUUGUUAUUUAUUUUAGAAAAUGAAAACUAACAAUUUAGAUUCUUCUGGAGUCUGUGUUACACCAUUAAGCAAGCAUAAAAAAUUCACUGGAUUGCAGAGAAGCCAGUCUGAAGCUUCUUUUAAUUUGGAUUAUAAUAAAGUAGACGAUAGGAAGUACUGCAAACUUGGAAGGAAUGGAUACACCGAUGCCGAACUGGAAAACCAUGUUAAACAUUUAUCUCUGAAUGGAAUUAAUGGUAAUGGUACCAUACCAUUUUACCUAGACCUAGAAAGCGGAGACGGUUCUACGGAUAAAACGUUUGCUGGCAGACGUAACGUACUUGAUCCGUCUUCACUUCAGGAGAAACAGAUCCUUAGUCGGAAAGGCUCUGUACGAGGAUUCAAAAACAGAGUUCGUGCUGGCAUCAAUACGUUCUUGAGGGAUGCACCAGAUAACACGAGAAAGAUAAGAGAGCAAGAAAUAGGAAAAAUUGUGAUAUAUACAACAAGUAUGACAGUAGUGAGACAAACUCAUGAACGAUGUAAAAUUGUGAAAAAGAUUCUACAAAAUCAUAUGGUUAGAUAUGAAGAAAAAGAUUUGUUUAUGAAUAGUGACAAUCAAAAAGAAUUAAUGGAACGUUUGGGAAGUAACGUGAUAUCUUUGCCACAGGUGUUCGCCGAUGGAAAUUUAUUAGGGAGUGAAGAUGAACUUGAAAAACUAAACGAAAUUGGGGAACUAAAGAAAAUCUUAGAACAUUUUGAGAAAAUAAAUGUGAAAUCUCAUUGUGAAAAAUGUGGUGGAUACAGGUAUAUUCCAUGCAUACAUUGUCAUGGUAGUAAAAAGUCAUUAAAGAGGAACUUUUUUACGGAAGAAUUCUAUUCACUUCGCUGUAUGCAGUGUGAUGAAAAUGGUUUACAAAGAUGUGAUAUGUGUCUGGACCAACAAGAAUAACGACGUGUAUAUUGAAUAAACUAAAGAUUUUUUUAAUAUGUUGUGCAAUCCUUGCCUGAACAUAGAAAAGCUGGACUUUUUUAUGCACAGUUUUAAUGCCCGAGAUGUUACUAACGAACCUUGCCCAUACAUUAAUGUUUGUUCAAAGUUAUUUUGCAUGCAGAAAAUACCUCUCUUUGUGCGUCAUAUAACCGAAUUUGUUGAUUCUUUUGUACUUUUUAUCAAACUUAAGAUCUCCUGUUUUGUAGUUACAUUUCGGUGGUUAUUAUUAACACACCGUCUCUCAGUACUGGAAGCACUAACCCCUAAUCAUGGUCAAAUAAUGACAGUCAGAAAAAUCCUAAAAAAAUUGAACCGUUAUUUGACCUUCAGCUUUACUUCAAAAUUGCUUAGAGAAUGGUGUUUUGAAGCUUUAAACGUCCACCGAUAAUUAUUUUCAAAAUGAUUCUUAUUAUGAUUUCUUUUCUUUCAAAGUACAUCAUAUUUACCACGUGUUAUACAUCAGAGAUGAUUAAGUCUAUUUAAGACAGGCAUGUAACAUAAUUAAGUAGUUUGCAAAUGUCAUGCAGCUUGUAAAGAGUAACAUUUACCUUAUUGCCAAUACUAUAGGUUAACCAUUACAUUGUUGCCAUCGUUUGAGGUUAACAAUUACACUAUUGCCAGCCCUGGAGGUUAACGUUUACAUUGUGGCCAUCCUUGGAGGUUAACCAUUCACUGUUGCCAGCACUGGAUGUUAACGUUUACAUUGUUGACAUCACUGGAGGCUGUGUAUAAGAUUCAGUAAACUCUUGAUUUUAAGUUGCCACUAGUUUUAAUUAAUAUAAGCAAGUUGCACAUUAAAUAUAGAGAUCAGAAGAGAAAAUGAGAUUAUUUCUUUUUACAUGUAGCACUGUAAAAUAAAACACUCCGCCAUACCUUGUAAUAUUUUACUUUUACCGACUGUCGCUCCAGUUCUGUAUCUUGGACAUGUAGCUAGUCUGGUUGCCUGUUAAAUCUAUUAAUGAGUAAGUGUCCAUGACUGUAGUUCCAGUUCUGUAUCUUGGACACGUAGCUAGUCUGAUUGCCUGUUUAUGAAUGAGAAAGUGGCUAUGACUGGUUUCAGAUUAGUAUUGUUGACAUGAAGCUAGUCUUUCAUUUUCAUUAUGUUUGUCAAACCAAAGUGCUGAUUAAAGCAAAUUACAUUGUAUUUAUAAUUGUUAAUGUUUUUUUGUAAAAUGUAUGUAAUUUUGAAUAAAAAGGUUUAACUAUAA